AUGGAGGAGCUGCAAUGCAGCCUCCUUGGGUUUUCGUCCACGUCUUUUCCCCUCGCUGCUUGUGCGACACGGCGGAGUUGUGGAGGUACUGGCGGAACGCAGACAUCCGCUGUUUUGUCGCAGCUGCAUCUAUCGGAGCGUGCGUUGGUUGAAGACGCUUUACCGCUUGGGGCAAUGUGCCGCGCCUUGCGCAGUGUGGCAACGGACAUUGCAGUGGGCCGUACCGAAGGACUGUAUCUCUCGGCCAUUGGAGCUGCCAUCACAGGGAUACUGGAGCACUAUGAGAAGGCAGUCCAGAAUGCAACCACAGCAACUGCUGUUGCUGGACUUCGCCCUGUGUACUUCCCUGCCUUCACACUCCUGACGGAGAUGAUAGAUCAGCAGAAGAGUACAGAUGCUAUUCUCUCUACCAUCCGAUCUUUUGUGUUGAAUCGGGAGAUUCCACAGGAGUUUAGGGUGUGUCUUGGAGAAUCUGUGUGGAUGGGUCUUCUUUACACGAUUGCACACUACAUUGCCCAUGGUGUCGUAUUGCAUGGUCGGAAGGACUUCUUUAUAUCUGUACGGUCUAAGGGAGGAAAGGAGGAUCACACAUUGCACACUGAUCUUCUCCCGCAUGGAGUUUCAGUGGAGCUUGGCAUGCUGAUUCUAUCCGUUGGCAAAGAGCGACGUGUGGUGCUUAGUGAAUCCGAGAGUCACGGCAGGGAAUACCUUGAACAACUAGCGUUAGGGGCACAUGACGAGACGGCAAAUACCGUUUUCAAGGCAAUCUACAACUCAUCGCUUUGUGCUGGUGGCUUUUUGGCGGCUGACGAGUUGGAGACACGUAUUGAGGCAGCUCGGGCUCUGUGGUCAAAGACACUUUGGCUGAAAGUAGGUGAACAGGCAGUCUUGCAUGAAAAUCUUGUUGCUUUGCGUGCGGUAUUUUUGUGUCACCGGGGGGAUCUCUGGCAUGCCUUUGUGGAGUCUGCUUUCCCAGGUCUUGUCGACAGUGCGGUGCACAAGACCAUCUUGAAGGAAGCCGCUAUUGGACGGGUGGUGGCGGAUGCCUUUGUGCAUGCAUUGAGUGUAUCUGGCUUGGGUGACGCACCUAUUUAUGAGAGAUUUAGUAUGUUUAUUGUCCUUCCACUGGAAAUUGGUGAUAGCAAAUUACGUUCGAUUGAGGAGACUGCGCGGACUAUUCUUGGAUACAUGCGAGGUCUUGGGCUUCACUACGUCAUGCCUCGGGGACUUCACUUGGUGUUGUCGACAAAGGCAUUGGAAUACUAUCAAAGGAUUUUUUCUUUUCACAUUGCCAGCCGGUUUUCACUGCAUGCGCUGCACAACGUUAGACAUGUUUUUUCAGGAGCUUUUGUGACGAAUAAGCAACCAUCAGCCGAGCUCCGUCGCACCUUUUCGUUGAUGCAACUGCUGUUGUUCCUUCACACCACAUUAGGCUACCACAUGCAGGUGGAUGUAAUUCUACUGCAAACCGCAGAGCUUGAAAAGGCAAUGGAGAAAUGCAGAAGUGUACAGGACGCAAAAAAGUGCCUUGAUCGUUACGUUUGGCACGUUGCAGAGGGAUCUUUCAUAACGGAGGGUUCAGGUCCUCUUCUAUUGGCUUGUGAGUCUCUCUUCCAGUGCUCCAUCGCUCUCUACGUCCUUUGCACGCGCUACCGCUUGACAUCGUGGGCGGUGGACGGAGUGCAGAUUCCCCUCGAGGUCUCUGCAGCGCUGGCCGCGUUGGAGACACGAGUGCACCAAGAUGUCGUGGCGGCCUUCACUGGCCAUCUUUCGGGCUCCGCAACACGUGCGACGGAGCGGGCCUUGUGGACUAGGCUUGAUUUUAAUCGUUUUCUCUCCGCUGGUGUGCGUUUUAAUAAUAGAAAGACGGAGUUUCCACAGCCCACUGCAGCGAAGACGAGAGCGGUUUCAGGGGUGCGAGCAGCAUCAGCAGCAGCCCAAGCAACGAUUAGGGGAGGAGUGGCUUCGGCACACGAUGCGCCUGCGAGCCGCAGACGUAUGGAUCUGCUGCCACGCGCCGCCCCCUCCACGUCGAAUUCUACACGUGGGUGA